AUGCCCACUCGUUUAGAAGAUCUUCCCAAUGAAUUAUUUCUCCAUUUAUUCAGUUCUUAUUUCGACGGUGCACAACUAUAUAAAGUUUUCUAUGGAUUAAACAUUCGUUUGAAUUCGAUAUUAAGAUCUCUAGAGCAUAUUCAUGUUCGUCUCGAAAACUCCGAUGAUGAUCCAUGUUUGAAUCUCUUUGCCUCAAAAAUCAUCAGUUUGUUUAUUGAUGCGAAACAUAAAAGUAUCGGUUUUAUUCCAUCAUUGACAAAUAUCCAAGCAAUAACAUUAGUCAAUCCAACUGUUGUUCAAAUUAUGAAUCUUUUACAAAUCGGUAGAAAUCUUCAUCAUGUUUCCAUUCAAUGGUCUAAUCCUUAUACACCUGAUCUCAUGAGUAUUCGAUCAUUUUACGAACUAAUUUUCAGUGCGAACGCAUCAGAAAGUCUUCGUUCAUGUCGAUUUUAUCUACCUGAAAGUCAUUCAUUAUACUUAGAGCCAAGACAUUGUACAUUACCAUUGUUACGCACAGUAUACGUUCAAGUCAACUAUCCACUAGGCGACUUUCGUCGUAUUGUACGUUUAUGUCCGAAUUUGACGCGACUUGAAAUGGAAAUAAUCGACAAUGGUUAUUCCAAUGAAGAAACAAUUAUCAUCUGCAGUCAUCUUGAUCAUAUUCAUCUUCGACGAUUUUAUAUACACAAUUUACUUUCAUUAGAUAUAUUGGACAUCUACAUUGAAUAUUUACCAAAUUUAGAAUAUUUGUACAUAUCAAUGAAACUUCCAUCGCAUCCAGUGGAUGUUUUCAAACAUAUUUCAAGUCUAAUUCAUCGAUUUACACAUUUGAAACAAUUCCAAUUUCGUUUAUCAACUGAUUUUUGGAAUCUCGAUCAUCAACAAUUAGAAAUGCUGAGACGGUUGAAUCCUUUCUUUGCACAUGUUCAUAUUGAAAUGGAUGACGAUGAGAUUGUUUUUGUUAAUUAA